AUGCAGUAGAUGGGCCCCUCACGUCAUCUACGAUCAAACCUGCUCCUCCUCCAAGAACCAGUCGCCUCCCGUCCAUUGCCGUCCUCGCGAAGCUUCUCAUCUCUGCCCAGAAGAGUCCAUGCCGUUAUUGGCUUUCUCCUCCUCCCACCUAUGAACUCCCGCCGUCAUCGGCCAUGCCAAGCCGAUAGAGAUGGUGGAAGAGGAGAAUAGGGGAAGGGAGGAGGGGGCGAGGGGCGUGCUCCACGGGAUCGAGGAGUCCACUCCCGUCGUCAUCAAGGAGCUCCUCGCCGGAGGGGUGGCAGGAGGUGUUGCCAAGACCGCCGUUGCCCCGCUCGAGCGUGUCAAGAUCUUGUUUCAGUUUUUUCUUUGUUGUGGUUGGCAGACUCGAAGAGCUGAUUUUCAGGGUAUCGGUUUGUUUGGAUCUUUCCAAAAGAUUAUUCGAACUGAAGGAGUUCUUGGAUUUUACCGGGGAAAUGGAGCUAGUGUUGCUCGUAUUGUGCCUUAUGCAGCAUUGCAUUAUAUGGCUUAUGAACAAUACCGUCGUUGGAUCAUUCUUGGUUUUCCUGAUAUUAAUAGGGGACCUGUGCUUGACCUAGUUUCAGGUUCCAUUGCUGGUGGAACUGCAGUGCUCUGCACUUAUCCUCUUGAUUUAGUCCGCACUAAACUUGCUUAUCAGGUUAUUGAAUCAUCCAAGAUGAAAUUUACAGGAUUAAUUUCUAGUGGUCAGGUUUAUCAUGGAAUUCGUGAUUGUAUGACAAAGAUAUACAGAAAAAAUGGCAUAAAAGGUCUCUAUCGAGGUGUUGGUCCAUCCUUAUACGGGAUCUUCCCAUAUUCUGGCCUCAAGUUCUAUUUCUACGAGGAGAUGAAAUCUCAUGUCCCCGAGGAGCGCAAGAACCACAUUGUUGUUAAGCUUGCUUGUGGCUCCGUUGCUGGCUUGUUUGGCCAAACUAUUACUUAUCCUCUAGAUGUUGUCAGAAGACAAAUGCAGGUGCAUUCACUCUCAACAUCCAGUGAAGGAACUGCCAAAGGAACCUUUGAAACACUUGUAAUGAUUGUUCAAAACCAAGGAUGGAGGCAACUAUUUUCUGGAUUGAGUAUCAAUUUUCUGAAGGUUGUCCCCUCCGUAGCCAUUGGAUUCACAGUUUAUGAUGCCAUGAAGUCAUGGCUUAAAGUUCCAGCCCGAGAAGAGAUAUCCAUAAAGGCAAUUACAGAAGAAGGGAAGAGCCAUGCUUCAUCAUCAUGGCAAUCUUGAUAAGUUUUUGUUUUCUUUCUUUGACUCUAAAGAAUUAGGAUUAUUGUAUUACUUUUAUACCAGGAUUAAUUAAUCUGUGCGGACGUCAAACGCCGUCCGGAGGCCAAUCAGAAUGCGCCACGUUACCGUGUGCUCGGUACUGCGGCUUGGUACUGCUCGGUACCGCUGACAUGGCGUAUUCUGAUUGGUCUCCAGACGGCAUUCUGCGUCCGUUCUCCGCACAGAAUAAUCUCUCCUACCAUACCGAGUUUGUACAUAGUUCAACAUGUUAGUUCUUGGGCUCUAGAUUUUUUUGGUGCAGAUCUUGCAUCUUCGACAAUAAAAGAAAAAGGGUCAUAGCUAUGAUGAUCUGUCUUACUGAUUCUUGGUCAUUAGUUUGGUGAACUGUAUAUGUAGAAUUGUGUAAGUAGUUGAUGACAUAGUAAUAGGAUUACUUUUAGU